ACUGUCAAAAAGUUUGAGCUACCGCUGCAAAAAUCAAAAAUCGCGUUUCGUCGCAAAAAUCAUUAUAACGAGACGAGCCGGCAAAUUUGGAAGAGUAAUCGGUUUACGUGAUUGAUAAUAGGUCAAACCUAAUCCCAUUCGGAAAGAAAACGUUCCGUAACUAGAAAACGAAAUGGCUUCAAUUGCAAAAAAAGUUAAGAAAUCCGAAGACGCGCUGGAAGAUGAAUCGGAAGCGUUGGAGGCUAUCGACAGCUGUCAGAACGAGAUCGAUGCGCUCAACGAAAAAGCAAGCGAGGAAAUCCUCAAGGUGGAGCAGAAGUACAAUACGCUGAGGAAACCGUAUUUCCAAAAGCGCAAUGAAAUUAUUAAGCGUAUUCCUAGCUUCUGGGUAACGGCCAUUGUUAAUCAUCCGCAAAUUUCGGGCAUCCUCGAAGAAGAAGAGGAGGAAUGCCUGCAGUUUAUGGAGAAACUUGAGGUGGAGGAGUUUGAGGAUAUAAAAAGUGGAUAUCGUGUUCACUUCUACUUCGACGAGAAUCCAUAUUUUGAGAAUAAAGUGCUGACAAAGGAGUUUAAUCUGGGAUCCAGUGGGGGUAAAGAAACGCCUGUUUCCACCAGUACUCCAAUCAAAUGGAAGCCGGAUCGCGAUCUGACAAAAAUGUUGCCGAAGAAGGCACUAGCUAACAGGCGGAAGCGGGGACUUGAGUACCGAACUUUCUUCGAUUGGUUCACGGAUAACAAUGAUCCGAUUAAUGACGAUAUUGCGGAACUAAUCAAGGACGAUUUAUGGCCGAACCCGCUGCAGUACUAUCUUGUGCCAGAUAUAGAGGUUGAACCGGAAGCUGAAGAGGAUGGAGGAGACGAUGAGUUUGGCGACGAGGGUGAAGAGGAAGAGGAUGAAAUUGACGAGGAGGAAGAGGAAGCCUAAGCUCCUGCUAGCAGAUUCGUCGAUCAAAUCCCGUGAAUCGGUAAUGAGCACAUUUUGAUGUAACAUGUUCUUUUACCCUAGGCGUAUGUGUGUGCAUAGAUUGGGAGGGUCGGUUCUGUUUCUGCUUUAAAAAUAUUUUUUUUAAAUGGUGCGAUUUAAACUUUAUCACGCACCGUCUGUUAGAUUAAAAAAAACUUUAAAUGCCCAUGCAGCACCAAACUUACAGUUUUCGUAGUUGCACUUACUACUCCUUUCUCAGUUUGGCAGCAAAUUGCUCGAAUAGGACGAAUGUUCUAUUUUACGUUUGCCAUUAAAAUCCUACAACACAGAAGCAUAAUAGGAUUGUGUUAGUCUACAUUCACAGAAAUCUGAAUCAAAACUCUUACCGAUUAACAUUGACUAAGAAUAAAAUGUCUGUUCUUAUCAGAAGAAAUAAAUAAGAUAUUGAAAUCAAG